AUGAGUAAAAUUAAAGAAGAUGUUGUAGGAGAGUUGCACACUCAAGCUCCUAAAAAUUUUCUGAGACGUAAAGUUGACAUUCGUGACAAGGACGAAUGUUGGCAGGCUGAUCUUGUCGAUAUGAUUGAGCAUGCACAACUGGGCAAUUGGUCUCAAAAUUUACAAGGUAGCUACAAAUGGAUAGAAAUAUUACAAGAAUUGAUUGAAGAAUAUAACAAUACGAAACAUCGAACAAUUAAAAUGAGACCUUGCGAAGUUGUAGGACAAAAUAUAGAAAUUUUAAAACAAACUGUAUAUGACAAUUCAAAUUAUUGUCAUGUAAAACCGAAAUUUAAUGUCAAUGACAAUGUACGAAUCAGCAAGUAUAAACACAUCUUUGAGAAAGGCUACAAACCAAACUGGACAAAUGAAAUAUUUACAAUUAUAAAAAUGAAUAAAACUGCACCUGUAACAUAUAAACUUAAAGACUAUCAAGAGAAUCCAAUUCAAGGAUGUUUUUAUAAUGAAGAAUUACAGCGUGUCAAACAUUCUGACAUUUAUUUAAUUGAAUAA